AUUCCGAGUAAGACCGAGGACCCCCUUCUCUUCCCUUUUUGGUGUCCAGCGUUUCAGCUUAACGGUACACAAGACAGACAUUUGCUUGCUUUCCCUCACUGCCUCUGCCUCCUCAAAAUCGAAGAGUCAACAUCUAAUCUCCUGAAUCAUACCCUCCGUUUUCUUUCUACAAGGGUUAAGAACAUCAUGGGCUCUUUUCUCUUUCUCUUAAAGGAGAAGAAGGGAGUACUGUGGAGAGGUUUGAAGGUAUCAGCAAUCUUUGGUCUUGGAUUCUGCACGCAUAAUGCUUUGACCAUUUAUCCAAAUGAGUUGAGUAAAAAAUCCCAAAAGGCGUUGGCUAAAGCCAAGUCUUUUGAAGAGGAGUAUAGGGCUAAGCUGGCUAAGGUGAAACAACUCAGAAAAGAGUUGGACGAGAAUCUGCAGAUCUGCAGGGAUGGACUCGCAAAUGUGGAACAGCUUAAAAGAGAACUUGAAAAAGCCGAGCGGCCCGAACCUGUGGAAACGUGUUGUGAAUCUCAUGAAGAAUCUGUGUGGAGUUUCAUAUGAGCUGAAUGGAUCAGAAGAAACCAUCUGAUUUGGUGCAGAAUAGGGGAACCAAACUAAUUAAUUACUAAGUAGCUGAAGGCUGUGAUUG